GCCAGGCAUAGGCAUCAGCGAUGGAAGAAGCCGAAUCCAACGCUAAUGGCCAAAAUACCCCUCAUUCAGGCACCGAAACAGCUAAAAAUGACCAAACUACCCCCCUCGCAGGCUUUGGGGCUCUCCCUCUCUCCACGCCAUGCCCAGACCAGAGCAAGCAGCCAUUGUCGAAAAACGCUCAAAAGAAGCUUUUAAAGUUGCAGAGAUAUGAGGAGAAAAAAGCCCAGACAAAGGCGGCCUCUAGAGAGAGAAAGAAGCAAGAAGGUGAGAGAAAGAGGAGAGAAUGGGAAGAGAAGCUUAAUGGGGUGUCGGAGGAAGAGAAGGCGAGGCUUUUAGAGAGUAGAAAGGAGUUGAGGAGAGAGAGGAUGGAUAUGAGAGCGGAGGAGAGAGAAAAGAAGAGAGACAAGCUGAGGAGGGCAAUGGAAACCGGGCAGAACAUUGUUGUUGACUUGGAAUUUGCAGACUUGAUGAAGAAGUCCGAGAUCAAUAGUCUUGUUCAGCAGAUCAUGUAUUGUUAUGCAGUGAAUAAGAAAUGCUCUAUUCCGGCGCACCUCUGGUUGACAGGAUGCAAGGAGGAGAUGGGCACCCAACUGCAGAAAAUCCCUGGAUCUGAAAACUGGAUUAUAGAGAGGGAAACUCGAUCCUAUAUUGAAGCCUUGCAUGACCGAAAAGAGAAUUUGGUUUAUCUAACGGCUGAUUCUGAGAACACCCUUGAAGAAUUAGAUCCCAAGGAAAUCUAUAUAAUUGGGGGUUUAGUGGACCGCAACAGAUGGAAAGGGAUAACUGAGAAGAAGGCAAAAGAGCAAGGGAUCAAAUCUGCUAAGCUGCCAAUUGGAAGUUAUAUAAAGAUGUCAAGUUCUCAGGUUCUCACUGUAAACCAGGUGGUAGAAAUCUUAUUGAGCUUCUUAGAAACAAAAGACUGGAAGAAAUCCUUCUUUCAAGUGAUACCCCAAAGGAAACAAUAUGCCCUUGAAGAACAAGAAGAUGGAGAAGAAGAUGGACUUGAGGCGAUGAGGAAAUGCACUGAAGAGCAAGAAGAGGAAGAGAAAGAAGACAAAGAAGAGGGGUUUGAGGCAAAGAGGAAAUGCAUUGAAGAAGAUGAAGGACAAAACAAACAAGAUGGCUUUGUGGUGAAGAGGAAAUGCACUGAAAAAGAAGAAUUGGGUGGCUGAGAGGACUGUGAUCUUGUGCUGUUUGUAUGAUGGUGAAGCAUGGUCUUUUAUGUGCACUUUUGCUGUGUACUGACUCUUCCCUUGGAAUUUGGAAUUUGGAAUUUGGCUCACAAACUGAUUUUGGUGAUGAGAUUUUAGAGAGAGAGAGAGAGUUCUGAAAAUUGCAGGUGUUCAGCUGCAAUAAAAUGUUAAACAGAGAGCAUGUAUCCUUGAAACCACUAAAGCUAGACUUUUGUCAAUGAAUUGUCAUUAAAGAUAUUUUGUGGUAAACCCUUUCUUACUCCACCUAUAUCAUGUACUCUAUACUAUUGUCACUUAACCAAACCAUAUUAUGUUUUGUACCCUAUCUGAAAUAGUUUGCUAA